AUGAGCGUAAGACCUCUGAAGGGUAUGUCUGCUCAGAGUGUUACUUCUGCCUUCAUGGACACUUGCAAAUUGCUUGGUGUGCCGUAUAUAGUAAUAACGGACAAUGGUAAGGAGUUUGAGGAGGGUAUGAACGUCCUUAUCAAGUCUUAUAUGGAGCAUUGUGAAGUUGCCUAUUAG